UAUAUUAAAAUAAAUGAGGUGGUUGGUGAAGUGCGGGGUGUGCACACUAGUCAUAAAUUCCGUGUACGUCUCAAUCUAAAAAUAUGUCUGGCAGGGGUAAAACUGGUGGUAAAGCCCGGGCUAAGGCAAAAUCUCGCUCUUCUCGUGCCGGGCUACAGUUCCCAGUGGGCCGUGUUCACAGAUUGUUGCGCAAAGGUAACUACGCAGAACGAGUCGGUGCUGGGGCUCCCGUUUACCUGGCUGCCGUGUUGGAAUAUCUGACCGCUGAGAUAUUGGAAUUGGCUGGUAACGCUGCCAGAGACAACAAGAAGACGAGGAUCAUCCCUCGUCACCUGCAGCUGGCUGUCCGCAACGAUGAGGAGCUGAACAAGCUUUUAGGCGGCGUAACCAUCGCUCAAGGUGGAGUUUUACCCAAUAUCCAGGCUGUGCUGCUGCCCAAGAAAACCGAGAAGCCGGCAAAGAGCAAGUAACCAAAGUUUAUCCAGAGCCACCCACGUCAAUAUCAAGAGCUGUUCCUCCGUGACUGCCUAACGGCCCAUGUUAAUUGGCCUUUCUAUCGAACUCGUUUUGGGGGCGCCAGCAAAUAGACUUCAGCCACUUGUCAUUUUAAAUUGAACUCUACACGUCUUGCUAUACAAUUAUUUUCGGACAUUAACUAUUUGGACAUUUCGCACUAGUUUUAAAAGUAGGCCACGUUGCACUUUGCGGUGAAUGUUUAUUUGAAGAGAGGCCUGCAAAGCGGUCGACACACCAGUACGUCCACAGGCCUACUUUAUAGACCGCAAAAGCUAACCGAAAACAAAUGCUGACACUUGUCUGCACGGUAUUGACAGGAUUCAUUUGUUUAUGGACCAAUUGAUUUUUAUUUAACUUCAAUGUUGUAUAGCCUACAUUAACUAUUUUUGUGGAAUUGUAAGAUUUGAGGUUAACUCAGUUAUGAUAUCAGUUUAAUUUGUAAUCAAACUGUUCGAAUUGUUUCGUUAAUAAAUGUCCCGUACUAUUAA